AUGGCGCUUCUAAACAUGGCGUCCUCGCUCCACUCAAUCUCGUCGUCUCGAUCCAACCUCUCUAUCUUCCAAUUCAAACUCCCGAGUCGCGCUCCUUCGAUCCCAGCCGCGCUGGUGCGAAAGCGAAGCGGAGGGGGACGGGUCAGCUGGCUGGACCGACGGCGGUAUAGCGAAGCUCAAGCUUCUGCUGCUGCUCAGAGUAGCGGUUACGAUCCCAAGCGCGGCGUUGCCGUCUACAAACCAAAGUCCUACGAGGUUCUACUCACGGAUGCCGCCAAUUCUCUGGCAUUCGCAAUUCAGGACGGCAAGAAGAGAUUGGAAAUUGAGUUCCCGCCCUUGCCUAGCAACAUUUCUUCAUACAAGGGAUCCUCAGAUGAUUUCAUCGAUGCCAAUAUCCAACUUGCAUUGACUGUCAUCAAGAAGCUCAAAGAGAAGGUGGAAAUGAGAGUUUGCGUUGUGUUCCCUGACAAGCCAGAAAAACGCAGGGCAUCUCAGCUUUUCCGAACGGCUAUCGACUCGAUUGAAGGUAUAACUGUUGGUUCACUUGAUGAUCUCCCGAGUGGUCCCGUCAACACUUUUUUUAAGUCUAUCAGAAGCACCUUAGAUUUUGAUUUUGAAGAUGAUAAUGAAGGUCGCUGGGAGUCAAAUGAGGCACCUUCGAUUUUUCUGUUUCUUAACUGUAGCACACGUGAAUUAUCUUCCAUAGAGAAGUAUGUGGAGAAAUUUGCUGCUGCGACACCAACAGUUUUGUUUAAUCUCGAACUUGAUACAUUACGUGCUGACUUGGGUCUCCUGGGGUUUCCAACAAAAGAUUUGCAUUAUCGUUUUCUAUCUCAAUUUGUCCCAGUCUUCUAUAUUCGAACUAGAGAUUACUCAAAGACAGUAGCAGUAGCACCGUACAUUGUCAACUACAGUGGCGCUCUCUUCCGCCAAUACCCUGGGCCAUGGCAGGUUAUGCUUAAACAGGGAGAUGGUUCUUAUGCUUGUGUAGCAGAGAGUAGUACACGCUUCACACUUGGGGAGACAAAAGAAGAACUGUUGAGGGUUCUAGGGCUUCAAGAGGAGCAGGGAAGCCAAUUGCAAUUUCUUCGCAGAGGCUAUAAGGCUGCAACUUGGUGGGAAGAAGAUGUUGAUUUGGAAGCCUCUUCAGAAUGGCGAACUUGA